ACGUGUUGUUGUAUGUAGUUUUUGGGUGAUGCAUGGAACUUGAAAAGAUUUCCUGUCUCAGUGGAAGAGCUUCCUUAGUGGGAGGCCCACUUUUUUAAGCACACAAACACACAACUCCAACUUUCUGGAUUAUAUAAUAAUAUGCUAAUGAUUAUCUCUCCACCAUUCAAAAUCUAGGACCUCUUUUUAUCCAUAUCAGAAUACUAUAAUUCAUCGCCACCAUAGCCCCUCACUUUUGUCUCUGGAUAUUCCAUCACUCUUUUUGCAACCCUUUACCCAAGAAGUGAAACCAGCAAACAAACAAACAAAAAGAAUAGAUCUUUUUGUUAAUUACCAUUUCUUUUCUUCAGUUUGUGUUUAUUCCCCAUGAAACAAUACCAACCACCCCGAAAACAAAAACCGAACCUUCUCUUCACUUUCUUUAUGAAUUUCUUCACGAAAUUACUCCUCCUCUGAUUUCUUUGCUUAUUUUAUUUUUACAAUUUAGAAUGGCAAAUCUUUUUUCGGUGCUUGUGCUUCCUCUGAUAUUCAUGGUUUGGUAGCGUCUUUGCUUAGGUUUCCCAGAUUCCCCACCCUCUUCUCUCUCUCUUUUACCGUUUCCUUUUAGUUUGGUAGAAAAUUAACUAAUACCAAAUUGUCUACAAAUUUCCUACUUUCUAAAGUGUGGUUCAGGGGUAUUACCAAACCAACUUUUCCUUGCCGUGGUAUAUCAUGAAGUUGGCUCAUAGAUUCAACCGUUAAAGCCAUAUUCAUAAGCAAGUCUGGGGAAAGUGGUUGAAACCUUAUGAUAAACAAGAAUAGAUAUAAAUAUUUUUUAUUUUGAUAGGGUCUUACCCAUUAAUCUUAAACACAAUUUUAUAUGUGAAGGAUACAUUCCACGAGAGGCUGUCUGGAACCGGUACUGUUGAGUCUUUCUUAGAAACUUGUAAUCACUGCUUGGGGCAUAUCAGGUAGCAGAGUUAGCAAUGGCUGAAGGACACCUAGGAGUGCUUAAUGCGCUCGAUGUGGCUAAGACACAAUGGUACCAUUUCACUGCUAUUGUGAUUGCUGGAAUGGGAUUCUUCACUGAUGCCUAUGAUCUUUUCUGCAUUUCCCUUGUAACCAAGUUACUGGGGCGGAUAUAUUACACCGACACAUCCCAAAAAAAGCCAGGUGUGCUUCCUCCUAAUGUGCAAGCUGCUGUGACUGGUGUUGCACUAUGUGGCACUUUAGCAGGCCAGCUUUUCUUUGGUUGGCUUGGUGACAAGCUGGGAAGAAAGAAGGUUUAUGGCAUAACACUUAUGCUCAUGGUGGUUUGUUCCAUUGCCUCGGGGCUAUCUUUUGGAGAUACCCCCAAGGGUGUCAUGGUCACCCUUUGUUUCUUUAGGUUCUGGCUUGGCUUUGGGAUUGGUGGUGAUUACCCUCUUUCUGCUACAAUCAUGUCUGAAUAUGCCAACAAAAAGACACGAGGGGCAUUUAUUGCGGCAGUUUUUGCCAUGCAAGGAUUUGGAAUCUUGGGUGGUGGAAUAGUUGCCUUGAUUGUCUCCUCUGCGUAUGACCACAAAUACAACCUACCUACUUAUGCAGAAAACCCAGAGAAAUCAAUAGUACAUUCCUUUGAUUAUGUUUGGCGUAUCAUUUUGAUGUUUGGUGCAGUUCCAGCUGCUCUUACCUACUACUGGCGUAUGAAAAUGCCUGAGACAGCUCGUUACACAGCCCUUGUUGCAAGGAAUGCAAAACAAGCUGCUUCAGACAUGUCUAAAGUGUUACAAGUUGAACUUGAAGCUGAAGAGGAGAAGUUGCAUCAUUUGGUUGAGAAUCAAAACCAAAAGUAUGGUUUAUUCAGCAAGGAAUUUGCCAAACGUCAUGGGAUGCACUUGGUGGGAACCACAGUUACUUGGUUCUUGCUAGACAUUGCCUUCUAUAGCCAGAACCUUUUCCAAAAGGACAUUUUCAGUGCCAUUGGAUGGAUCCCUCCUUCAGAACAAAUGAAUGCAAUCCAUGAAGUUUACAGGAUUGCAAGAGCACAAACACUUAUAGCACUGUGCAGUACCGUACCAGGGUACUGGUUUACAGUGGCCUUCAUUGAUGUUGUGGGCCGUUUCGCAAUCCAACUGAUGGGUUUCUUCUUCAUGACAGUCUUCAUGUUUGCUCUUGCUAUACCUUACGAUCACUGGACCAAGAAAGACAACAGAAUUGGGUUUGUUGUGAUGUACUCCCUCACCUUUUUCUUCUCCAAUUUUGGUCCAAAUGCCACCACAUUUGUUGUGCCAGCAGAGAUUUUCCCAGCUAGGCUAAGAUCUACUUGUCAUGGAAUCUCAGCUGCUGCAGGAAAGGCAGGAGCAAUUGUUGGUGCAUUUGGGUUUUUAUAUGCUUCACAAAGUAAGAACGCCGAGAAAAAUCAAGGUUACCCAGCUGGUAUUGGGGUUAAAAACUCCCUCAUUGUGCUUGGUGUGGUCAACCUCUUAGGAAUGCUAUUCACCUUGUUAGUACCAGAAUCAAAGGGAAAAUCACUGGAAGAGUUGAGUGGGGAGAAUGAAGAAGAUAGUCCUGAGGCUAUAGAUGCCGCUGGGUCUGCUAGGACAGUCCCAGUUUAAUCAAACUUUCUGUUAAACAAAGUAGUUCAAUAUUCAUGCUAUGCUAUUAUUGUUAUGUGACAAUUUUAGUUCGGGUUUUCUACUAUUAGAUGCACAAUAAUGAUGUAGAUAUAUGUUUCUCUUUGAAUCAAUUACAGGUGUUUAUGUAUUUCCUUCUUGUUUUUCAUUAAUAUUGGCAUCUAAGCAAUCAUAUCUGUAGCUAAAUGUAUUGAAGACAAAUUUUGUCAUGAGUUCCUUUGUUUUAUUUUAUAGGAGUCCUUUUAAUGAAAGUUGGUAUCUAAAUAAUCAUAUCUGUAUGCAUACUUUUACUGAGGAACAAAUUCUACAAUGUUAAGCAGUU